GGUCCCAGAAAGCGAAAAACAGGUGACGCAACACGGAAGUAUCGGCAGCAGAGUCUUCGGGCUGUGGUGUGUUUAUCGAGGCUGUGUGUGUGAAGGCUCUUGGAGAAACAACGACGCGACAUGAAGGUGUUUUUUUCCGGUGUACUGCUGCUCCUGUGUGCGAGGCACACCGACAGCUGGGAUGACGGCAGUGUACUGCUGCGGGACAUCCAGGCACUGACUCUGUACAGGAACCAGUACACCACAGCCAGGCGCUCCAGCCCGAUCCCUCAGCUCAAGUGUGUUGGAGGGUCAGCGGGCUGCCACGCCUUCGUCCCAGAGGUGGUUCAGUGUGUGAAUAAAGGCUGGAAUGGAGUCGAUGUGCAGUGGGAGUGUAGGACUGACAUGGACAACACAUAUCGAUUUGGUCACAUUGAGGUGAGCUGUGAGGGCUACAAUCACCCUGCUGAUGCCUACAUACUGAAAGGGUCUUGUGGGCUGGAGUACACACUGGAACUGACUGAUGAGGGCCAGCGGAGGGCUCACAGUAGUAGGGGUUCCCGCGGUGGGUUUAAAGAUCUCUGGGGAUUUGCCUCCAGUUUCUUUACUGGUUCAUCAGAAUAUGGGCAGCAGCCUGACCGUCAGAGCUCUUACCCUGCAGGCACUCAGGACUCAGGAGGACUGCUGGUUGUUGCUGUGCUUCUGCUCUUAGCCUAUGGCAUCUAUAAACUGUUCCUAAGUGGGAACACCACUGGGGGGCAAGAUGGUGGACCAGCUACACAUUCUGGACACAAUUACCAUGGCUCCAUGGGUGGACCACCCCCACCAGGAUUCAAACCAGACUACACAGACUACCCUGGAGCCAACCCCAGUUAUGGUUUCCACAGUGAUUACACUCACAGACACCAGUACCCAGGAGGCCGGGCAGCUCCCGGCACAGGAGGUGGUUUCUGGACUGGAAUGGGAACAGGCGGGGUGCUUGGAUAUCUUUUUGGUGGUCAGAGGGGCCAGCCGUACAAUUCUAACUACUCCACUCACACUAACAGACCUGCCAGAGAAUCUCCCUCUUCCGGGACACGCGUUACUUCAGGUUUUGGAGGAACCAAAAGAAGAUAGAAGCCCCCUCACACACACAUUUUCUGCAGUGGACAGAAUAUGACUAAGUGCAUUGAUCUGUUUGCUGCUUGCAGGCUGUAAU